GCAUUUUAAACCACUAGUCUUGUAAGUCUCUUUCUAUGCCACUCGUCAUAUCAUAGUGAGAUAGUGAGUAGUCUGUGCCACUAGUAGUGAACUAGUAGUUGAUAAUCUGUCGUGUCUUAUCGCAGGAUUAAGAUUAUCUUAUCGCGACGCCGCUGACGAACCAUGCAUUUUAUGCAUUCGAUGCGCUAAGUUUAAUAUAUUCUAAAUGUAACAGAGGAAAAAUAGUCAAGUUGGAGAUAAUGUAUUAAACGAUAAUCUUGUAAAUAUUUGCCAUGUUGAGUUCACCGUUUGCAUAGACCCACUUUCCAGUGUUUAAAACUUUUCGAUGUGUGCGAUUCUGAACAUUUUAAUGACGUUGCAAGAGGUUUAAAACCACUGACCGGUCAGGAUAAAAAUCACAUUGAUUAUUUCUUCACAUACAACUAUUAUCAUCAAACUUGAAAUGUGAUAACACAAUUUCGAAGCUCAAAGUGCAUAAAGUGGAGACCUAACCUUAACAGUUUGCAAGUAUUGUGAAAAGUGGGGCUUUUUAGUUCGAAUGUGCCAUUGAAUCCUGAUGUUUAGUCAACGAUUAUUUCUUCAGGAUUUAAUUCCAGGUAUUAGAAAUGUUACGUCUAGAUGCCUAUCAACGAAUAAUGGCAUCAAAACAGAAAAAGUUUUGGUUGUAUCUAAACUAUCCCGAUUCGAAUUUGAAAAGAAAAAGUUUAAAGACCUGACAAACAAUCAGGUAUUAGAUACUUUAAGACAGAGGGGCACCGAUAUAGAAAAAAUGAUCAGAUACCACGACCUACACAAGAAGUUUGAAGAGAACGUAGUGAAUACGUUCGAGAAUUUGGGAGUCAGCGUUAAAGUUGUGAAUAGAUAUUCAUACACACCAGAGGAUGUUGCAAAUGCCGAUGUCGUUAUCCCUACAGGAGGCGAUGGAACAUUUCUCCUAGCAGCAAGUAUGAUAAAUGAUAAUAAAAAGCCGGUCAUAGGAUUGAACUCAGAUCCAAAUAGAUCAGAAGGAUAUUUAUGUUUACCAAAACGAUAUUCUACAAAUGUUAGAGAUGCUGUUGAACGAUUAAAUAAGGGGGACUUUACAUGGCUAAUGAGGAGUCGCAUCAGAACAACGUUAUUGGUAUGUGGAGAACAGAAUUUGGUGCCCAAAUAUUUGCAUGACAGUGAAUUCGACUGUUUCCCUAGACAAACAGACGGAAUUGCAAAAGAAAAAGUAUCAAAAGUUUUGCCAUGUUUAGCGCUAAACGAGGUUUUUGUGGGUGAAACACUCUCGGCUAGAGUAUCCCACUUACAAAUGCGUCUAAAUGGUUCUACUGAGAAUACAAACUUAAAAUGUUCGGGGAUCUGCAUUUCAACCGGUACAGGUUCAACAUCCUGGCACUUAAGCAUUAAUCGAUUGCCUGUUCAGAACGUAGCAGAACUGUUGAGACUUAUUGAUAUUGAUCCUACAGAAGGCAAAGAUAGUUUGGCUACUGUGCUUUCUGAUAUUUACAACAAGAAUUUAAUCUUUAAUGCAGAUGACCGACGCAUGUCGUACACCAUCAGAGAACUAAUCUCAGCAGCAGUGUGGCCAGAUCCGAAAGGUAUCAAGCCAAGAGGAUUUGCCAGGAAAAUUGAAAUUAAAUCGAAUUGCUUUGAAGCAUCAUUGGUAAUCGAUGGAGGCGUGUCUUUCUCAUUUAAUGAUGGCACAACAGCUCUAUUAGAAAUUCGCCCGGAAGAUGCCUUAAGAACAGUUGUUUUUUAAAAUUAAAUUGCUAUAAACUAAGUAUAACUGUUAAAGAUAUUCGAUGAUAGUGGAUAGGUAAUUGACUUAAUAUCAAAUAAUCUUAUUCUUAUUGUAUAUUCAUUAAGGAAGCAAGCUUCAAUUGAGACACUUUUUUAAAAGAUACCUUUUCAAGGUAUUAAAUACCCUGCAGUAUAAGUCUGAUGUGUUUAUCGCUAGUAAAAAUAGCAAUAAUAGCUAAAAGUUUAGUUUUUUUGUGUUAAGUUCGUUUCAAAAAGUGUUUUGUGAAGCAGCAAAAGCGUGAGAGUUUUUAUGUUUUCAAACAUUUAAAUUAAUUUGCAAACGUUUAACCAAACUUGACUAAACAACACUGAAAAUUAAUUCUAAGCAUUUUAAAUCACACAUUCAUUCCCUGUGAUGUAAGUCUUCAUUCUCUGUGAUGCCUUCAGUGACCCUAAAUAUCUAAAUGAGAAUAAUAAUAAAAUGAGUCUAAAUGGUAAUUAACUGAAUAAAAUGCAAUUUACUCAACGGUUAAAUUUAUGUCUUGUCUUUUAUUACUAUUUUUAUGGAUUUGUUUUCCUAUAGUUCUUAUGUCUGCUAUUUCUUUAAAUAAUAUUUUGGUGUUUACUUCAGUAAACAACUGUUGUGCAAUGUAUGUACUAAAUAUUUAGAUGCUUUUUUAUACGUU